AUGAUCAAGAAUGCCUCACGGCCUCUGCAUCGAAUUGGUGUGGAGGAAGAGGCAGAAGAGAGGAGGCGAGGCAGCAGGCGACAGCAGGACACGCUGCAAGCAGGCCUGGGCUGUGAAGGGGGGAGAACAGCAGAGCAGAAGCUUCGCCGACGAGUGGCGCGAUGGUGUGGGGGGGGGAGUAAAAUCUUCCCCCUGCCCACCAAUGAGGAGCCGCCGCAGCCUCAGGCAGUGCCUGGUGAGGAGAUGCUGUGGGCCCUGGGGAGUGUGUCGGGGGACGAGGCUGAUCCGCAAAGGGCCCUCAAGAAGGCCAUCCGGGACCACAUGAGAGGGCGUGGCCAGGGAGUGAGCAGUGAGUUCUUGGCCAAUGUGAUCUGCCUGGCGGAGCAGGGGAAGCGGCAGGGGAAAUACCAUCUCCCCUGCCCGAAGGAAGAGGUGGUGGAGAAGAUCAAAGACAUCAUGAUGUCCGACUUCUUCACCACCUCGCCCCUGCUCCUCCAGUGCCUUAAGGCCAUCACCAGCCUCAGCCACUUCCUGCCCGCCCUCUCGUGGGACCUGGAAAGGUCCAUAGUGGCCUGGGCUUUCCGGGUCAUCAUCGGAGAAAGCCCAGGCCACCAGGAUGCAGCCAGCCAGACCCUCCAUCGCGAGGCAGAGGAGGCCCUGCUGGAAAUGCUGCAGGGACUGUACAGGGGGCUGCCCUCUGUUCUGCACCUGGUGGGACUACUUGACCAUCUGUCCUACUGGAUGCAGAACAGGCGGGCAGGGGUGAGAUCAACAGCCCUCUCCCUGUACAGCUCCCUGCUGUCCUAUGCCUGCCGCCUCCUGGCUUUUCAUGACUUCUUCGAGCCCGACAUCGGCCACCUUCUGGCCCCACUGGCCCUCUCCCUGGUGGAUCCCGAACCCAGGAUUCGGGAGCAAGCCAGGGAGUCCGUGGGCCAGCUCUAUGACAGCUUGCUGGGCCAGAAGGGGCUGGGCCGGAGGGGGCGCCGCCUGAGGUGGAAGGCAGAGGACGGGCAGGCCUGGAGGUCCCAGUACCAGAAUGUCAUCUCUAUGGGAAAGCACUUCCAGGCCUGCCUGAGUGAGGAGCAGCUCUCACAAUGCCUCCUGGCCUGCUGGGACUUCAUCGUCUGCCUGGGCCCGGACUGGGUGAGGGAGGGAGCCGCCUUCGUGGUCCUCUCCCUCCUCGGCCAGGCCCAGGCAGUUUUGGAUGACGAGGAGGAGGUGCAAACUCCACACUUGGAGACAGCGAAGCUCCCCGGGAGAAUGUGGAAGGGCAACCAAGUCAAAAGGAGACUGGGAAGGAGAAGGAUGAAGAUAAUCGUCCUAUGCCUGUGCCUUGUGAGCAUAACUUGUGCAAUACCGCUGCGCAAACCCCGCAAAGCAGGAUUUGGGAGCAAGAGUGAAGAAAUGAUGCAGUUUGGUCCGUAUUCAUAUCUGAACUCACCACAACUGGCUCAGUUGGCACCUUUGUUAUAUGGCUACCGUCCGAGCUACCCGCAACUGUUCCCUCAGCCUCGGCAGAGAUUUUACAUCUGGCCGCAACAAACACCAGCACAUCAAGCUGCCAGGCUGCCCCAGCGUAAGCCACACCAAACUCCAGCGGCCAGGCAGCCAAUCCAAAGGCCGAAGCUGCAGCCACAGAUGCCACAGCAGCCACACAAGCCAAUACAACAACAGCCACAUCCAAAAAUACAGCAGCCACCGAAGAAGCCUCCAAGUACCAGCUCUCCUCAGAUUCACCACCAGGGGCCCGUGUAUCAGCCCAAGAGGGUCCAGCCACAGCAACCUCAGAGUAUGCCUCCUGGAUUUGGACAUCCACCAAUCAGUAAUGAAGAAGGGACUCCAUACUAUGGAUAUGGCUAUCAUGGCCUGGGAAACAGACGUCCAUAUAAUUCCGAAGAGUUUGAAAAUGACUAUGAGAAACCCAAAGAAAAAGAAGCCCCCAAAACAGAAAGCCCAGCGACCGAUCCUGCAACCAAUGCAACAGACACAAAUUCAACUCUUUCCAACCCAGCUGGUCAGGUAGGGAAUGCUACCAAUGCUGGGCUCAGCAUAACGGACAACGGGGGCAAUUCUCCAAAACCUGAAAGCAGAUGGCAUAUUGGAAAUGGCGUCCCAACACUUUUACCUACUCUUCACGUCUCAAAUGGUGAUACGGCAGCCCAAAAUGGCAUGGAUCAGUCCGUUCAUAGGGCCAGCUCUCCAAAUAUCAACCAUAUUGUCCAAAACUUGCCUUCAGACCAGCAUCAAUCCACAGGGAAUGGUUUGCCUGUCUACAAACACUAUCCUGGUAUGGAAAAUUCAAGGCCCAACACUUACAUUUCUAAUGGGAACCCUUCUGGACAUCCUGAAACCCCGACGUAUCCAUCCGGUUACGGAGAUAACUCCAAUCAGAGGGGCAAUCUCCAGAACAACAACAACAACAUACCAAUAAACACUAGACCUAAUCCAUAUGGACAGCAAGAGCAUCCCCAUUACCCAGAGAGGAACCCAUCCAACCAAAGACAGAUAUUUCCUUUUCCUAGCUCUGAUCCACAAAGCCAAUGGAAUAAAGAUCCAGUCUACAGAGAUAACAACCUCAAUAGUUUCCCACCUGAAGGCCAGUCCGUGGAUCCACAGUUCAAUACAUUAGGACAAGCUGAGAACUCCUAUAACACCAGGAAAGAGACAGAUCUGUUCCAACCUUCUGGGGUGCACCAACUGAGCUCGCUUUCUCCUCAAGGAGUGUUUUCACCCACAAAAAGAACUUUGUCCGAGGCAGAAACUCAUCAGUAUCCGUGGAAGGAGCAGGCCUUUAAUCCUCCAGUCUACAAAAGAGAACAAUUUUCACCUCCACAAAACCAAGAGUGGAACAAACAAGAAGAGUUGCAGGUCUUCCAAGAUGAUCCUCCGAGGUAUAACUCAAGGCAUUCGUCAGGUUAUUUUGGCCAGAGGUCAAACCGUAUUUCCUACCCUGAAAAGAGUUCCUAUGACCAACCUCCCCGAUCCUUUUAUCCUGAAACAUGGGAGGGGAGAGAAAACUCUCCCACACUUGGCCCUCCUGGCCAAAAGGGACGCCCGUUCUACUCUCCUCAGAUGCAAAGAAACUCUUACCGUAGAAGUGAUCCUGUUGUUCAGCAGGAGAGCGAAAUGUAUCCCAGGCCAUCUCCAUGGGCACACGAGAAACGUUUGCAUGACCUGGAUAGAGAGUACAGAAACGUUCCUUAUAGUCCAACUCAGCAGCAUGCAUAUCCUAAGUAUUCCCCGGAAAAUCCAUCCGACCAACAGAGAAGUAACGUGCCGUACAAGGAAAUUCACCCGUGGACCCCAGAGGAACAUUCUCCGCCGUAUACUGCAGAAUAUUUGAGGCAAACAGAAGUCAUCCCUUACCGUAAGAGCAAUGCAUUCGGGCACCCAGAGAGGACUUACCAGAAUGAAGGAGCAAACUCUCCAUCCCAAAGCCCCACUCUUGUCCAAAGAGUACCACAAUACUCAGAAAGAGAUACUUGGGGCCCUGAGAGGAUGGGGCCUUCCGUACAGAAAGAGGCUUCACCUUAUUUUAAUAGCUAUCCCCCUGACUUCAGAAGAAACCCAACACAUAUGGAAGACACAAGGAGUGCUCCAAUGUCUAAUGCGAACGUUGCAGAAAGAAGCAAUUACCCUGACACACUGGGAUAUCCAGACAACUAUCCAAGAGAGCCCAGAACAAUCGCCUCAUACCCAACGGCCGACCAUUUGUGCUGUGAAGGCAAUGCCCCAGUGCCGCAAGAAAACGUAUUGGCUCCACUGAGAAGUGUUCCACAGUUCAGACAGGCACCGUGGCCGCAAAGAGGAAGUUCACCGUAUCCAGAAGCUGAUGGCGGCCACCCUAAGCAAGCAGGCCACACGCUGUACCCAUCUGGUAUGCAGUCUUCACUGAAGACUGAGAAAAGCACGCCCAAACAAAGAGAAGACUUGGGUGUGUUUGAAAAGGAUGCGGCCACUCUAGAAAAGGCCCCACCUUGCUCCAGAUCACAAUUAAGCCAACAGAACGAGCGUGAAGUCAACUAUGAAACUGGAUUAGCAGCACCAACCAGGAAACCACCUUGUUAUGGAAGAAGCGUCCGAGGGGACGGGCACAGUAUCUUUGAAUGGAUCGAUCUGCCCAAAAGAGAGCAGGAAAGGGCCGCUCCUGUCAACCUUAUUCCUGAAAAAGGCCCACCAGCACAAGGGAUCAAAAGUGCAGCUCUCGAUACCGAAGGCAGUAGGAAACAGAGGCCAGCAGUGUUUGGGUUCAAGAGGAUUCCAUGUUUGGGAAACCAGUUACAGCAGUAUUUAUCCAGCACAGGAGCACCAUCUAGUGGCAAACAGCAAGAUCUGUUUUAUGCGGAGAAUCCCAUGCUCAUCGGAAAGUCGUUCAUCAUAUUGCCUGAACCGCAUCCCCUGACUAGCACUAACCCGUCUUACGACACAGAGGAAAAGCCAUUAACACCCAGUGCUCUGGGAGAAGAUUUGGCUGACCAGCCAAAGGAAAGGACACCAGACUGUUUGCUGCUCCAAAAAUAA